AUUAUCAUUAUUAUUAUUUAUUUUUUCUAGCGACGGUUGCUUAAAUUGGUACAAAUGUCACUAUGGGACCAAGGAAGACCACGAUCAAGGAUGUAGUUUUAAAUUUACAAACCCUCAUUAAGAAACAGGUUCAUAAUCUCGCUUCACGGCCUCGCAUCAAAUAAGAAAAUUGAGCGUGAUUUUUAAUGAAUAUGACAAUCACUGACUGAUGACCGCGUCUUCUACAAAUCCCGUCAGCAGUGAUUCCAGUCCCUCUUGCGCGCACAAAAUAUCAGCUGGGAUUAUGUGAUGGAUCCAGGUUUAUGGCUGGCCGUGUGGGCAGGGAAGUUGUUCGAGGUUUUCCAGUGAAACGUCAGAUGCACCUCAGUGUUUGGUCACCGGUUAUUUCAGAGCCUGUGAUCCUCCCGGCGUCCUGACGUCAAUUUAUAAGGACCCAGCAGUGCCGGGGCGGCAGGCAGAUAACAAGGGCUGAGAGGAGGAGAGAAAGAGACGGAGAAAGCCGGACCAUGUUGGUGUGAUAGUCCCCAUUCAUUGCUGAGCGUUCUGUGACAGACCACUGCCAGAGAUUAAGAGGGGGGGUCCUCCAUUCCAGAGAGUGUAUGCGUGUGUGCAGCUAUGGGGAAGGACUACUACAAGACCCUGGGCAUCCCCAAGGGCUCCAACGAGGAGGAGAUCAAGAAGGCCUACCGGCGCAUGGCGCUGCGAUUCCACCCCGACAAGAACAAGGAUGCCAAUGCUGAGGAGAAAUUCAAGGAGAUCGCAGAGGCCUAUGAGGUCCUCAGUGACCCGAAGAAGAGGGCCGUCUAUGAUCAGCUAGGAGAGGAAGGUUUGAAGACAGGAGGCAGCAGCUCUUCAGGUGCGCCUGGCAGCUCAACGUACCACUACACCUUCCACGGGGACCCUCAUGCCACCUUUGCCUCCUUCUUUGGUGGCUCCAACCCUUUCGACAUGUUUUUUGGCUCCAACCGUAGCCACAACCGCGCCAACGGUUUCUCCUUCCACAAUGACCACGACACAGAUCAGGACGUGGACAUGGAUGAGGAUGACCCCUUCGCUCAUUUUGGGAGACAGUUCGGCUUUCCAGGGGGGAUGAACAAUGGCUUCCCAGGGGAGGGCCGCAGGAGGAGGGGUGUGCCGUCAGAACGCCUGGGGACAGGUAGAAAGCACCAGGACCCUCCAGUGGUCCACGAGCUGAAGGUCUCACUGGAGGAGAUCUUCCAUGGCUGCACCAAGCGCAUGAAGAUCACCCGGCGCAGGCUGAACCCAGAUGGGCGGAGCAUGAGGACAGAGGACAAGAUCCUUAACAUUAUCAUCAAAAAGGGCUGGAAGGAGGGAACCAAGAUCACCUUCCCAAAGGAGGGGGACGAAACCCCUGAGAACAUUCCUGCCGACAUAGCUUUUGUGCUCAAAGACAAAGGGCAUGCCCACUUCAAGAGAGACGGUUCCAAUAUAAUUUAUAACUGCAAGAUCAAUCUAAAAGAGGCGUUGUGUGGCUGCACAGUUAGCAUUCCCACGCUGGAAAACCGCAUCAUCUCGCUGCCCUGUCAUGACAUCAUCAAGCCAGGGACGGUGAAGCGACUCAGAGGGGAAGGCCUACCUUUCCCCAAGAACCCGUCUCAGCGUGGUGACCUCAUAGUGGAAUUUACUGUCCGGUUUCCUGACAGGAUCCCACCUCAGUCCAGAGAGAUUAUCAGACAACACCUCCCCCAGUCAUAGGAAGACUCACCUUCAACCCCUCCACCACCACACACUCCAGACUAAAUGGCCCAAACCCAGAAAAACAACCCUUACUACUCCUUUAUUUCUCAUAUUUUGUAUUGUAGUUUCCUUUCCCCCUUCCAGUCUCCAUGUCCUGUGUUAACGCACGCAGCAUUGAACAGACGCUGUUGUUUGUAGGGACUUUGAAGCGGGAUGAUGAGGGAAGGAUUCCAAGUUGAAAGGCAGUACCAGGAUGUAAUUAUUUGUUUGUUUUGUCUUUUGGCCCAAGAAGGCACACAGGCACCUGAGCAGUAUAGUAGGGCUGAAGAUGGGCUCAGGCUUUUACCAGAUCCUCUUUUCUUAACUCUGUUUUUUACAGAUUUAUCAGUAGUUUUAUAUGCUGUCCAGCUCUCUCUGAUCCUCGUCUUUUUGUGAUAGGAUGAAGCGUGAGAUAUUUUUUAAAACAUUUUUUCCAGGAUUUUCAUUCUCCACAGGAAGUUUCAAAUAGGAAUAUUUAUUUUUACCUUGAGUGUACCAGCAGCUUCAGUGUGUUCAGUACCGACCACAGUUUUAACAUAACCCCAACCCCCCUUCCCCCCACACCCCCUGCCACCUGCUUUUCUCUUCCUUUCAGUCUGAUAAAGCAUUGUGCUUGAAGUCCGUAGGCUGUUUACUGCUUAGUAAGGUUUCCCCUUAAAAUUGUGAUCUAUACUCUGAUGCGUGCACACUUAAAGUCCCGCAUUAGUCCGAGUAAUAAUAAGCAUAUCUCAGCUGCAUUGGAAAAUCUGGGAAUGACAAUCAUAUACUGUAACAGCAGUGGAAGCUUGGAUAAUACAGUCUGCACAUAAUAUGGGUGCUUUCCCUUCUAACAGCCUGGCUCGUUGUCUGAGGGACGUUUAGGUGCCUUAGCCCAGUGUCAUACCACAUAUAUGAACACAAAAACACACACACACACACAGGUCACACUGUAACAUAAACAACAGCCAUGUUAAGUGCACAACAGACAAUGCCCUAUGCUGUGUUAGACAUUACCAUUCUCUUAAUGGUGGUGAUCUCGACAAAAAAACGUGAUUACGCAAUGUAGAGUCGAUCACCACAUUGUACUGUAAGCAGGCAAGGACUUUUUAGGGAGAGAUUUGCUACAUAAGUGAUGAAUUUUGCCAAUGUAUCCCUGUAAAGUGCCGUACAAGUACAGGCUGGAUUUCUCAGAGGAAUGUAAGUGUUAAGUUAAUCUGAAGUCAAUAGUAAAUAGUCAAGAUUUCUCUGGGAAAACCAGCUUUGUUGUGUAUAUUCUGCUUUCUCUUGUGCCAUUUGAAGGCAAUGUCUCGGUGCUACUGCGAGCAGUGCCAAAAAUAGACACCCUUUGGGUCUACUUUUUGGGUUCAUGGAAUCCUCAGUUUGUGAUUUGAUAACUGCUUCUGCCCCUGUAACAUCUGUACAUUGAAUUUUACACGUUUUUUCAGUAGAAAACCCUGUUUAGGAAACAGGUUUUGUAAGAGACAGGUGUUCUCUGUCUCAGCUGCGGGGGGCUCUGAAAGUUCUCCUCAGCUCUUCCUGCUGUAGUUUAUGUCAAUGAUAAUCUGUGUGUAUGAGAAUGGUUUUUGCAGACAGCCCUGGUAGGUUAUAUAUGUGAUGUGUAUUGGAAAAUGUUUUAAUGAAUCAUGUUGAUAAAUGCACUUUUAUGUCAUAAAGAGUACUGACAAAACAACAAGGCGCCCUGCCUCUCAGAGCCUCCGGGGAUGCUGGACUGUGGCCACAGCCGGAAUACACAUGUACUUCUGAUGAAAGACUGUCUAUAUUUAUGAUCUUUUCAAAAUGGCAACAAAUAAACCAAAUGUGUGAACUUCA